CGCUGGGAAGCCGCGCGCAGACUUGGGUCCCCAGAGGACGCGCUCGCAGCUUGUGGCGUCCCCGACCGUGGACACCGGCUCGCAGACCCGCUGGCAGUGGGCGGGAGCAGCCGGUAGCCUCAGCCCCUUCCGAGAGCGACUUUCAAACUCUUGCCCGCGUCGCGGCGCCACCUGGGCAGCCGAGCGCGCCGUGCCGGUCCGGAGCCAGCCGGGUGGCCACCGAUCGGUUUUAAUUCAUCUGGAGUGUGUGCUUCUAUCUGAUGCUGGUUUCCAGCCUGGCUAUAUAUGGGGCCUCACUAGGAGCUGAUACCCAAGCCUCACUUCUGAUCAUACCAAGAGAAUAAAAGCAUCUGGAUGUGAGGCCCAGGCCUGGAUGAAGCGCCCCAGAAUCUUCCGGACGUGACCCCGCCAGGCAGCAAUGCCAGGAUGCCUGUCUCUACUACCCUCUGCCAAGAUGGCAGCCAGGAGCGGCCACCAAGCCUGAUGUCCACCACUUCCUCCUCUGGCUCCUCCCGUGACAGCCGCAGUGCCAUGGAAGAGUCCACUGGCAUUGAGCCUUCAGCCCAGAAUGGGGCGGGCUCCCCGCGUGGCCGGCAUGUCCCCAACAGCAACAACAACUCCAGUGGCUGGCUGAACAUGAAGGGACCCCUUUCCCCAUUCAACAGCCGGGCCGUGGCAGGACCCCCACACCACAAGCUCAGCUACCUGGGGCGGGUGGUGCGUGAGAUCGUGGAAACAGAGCGCAUGUAUGUGCAGGACCUGCGUAGCAUCGUGGAGGACUACCUCUUGAAGAUCAUCGACACCCCUGGGCUCCUGAAGCCAGAGCAAGUCAGUGCUCUCUUUGGGAACAUAGAGAAUAUUUAUGCACUGAACAGCCAGCUACUCAGAGACCUGGACAGCUGCAAUAGUGACCCAGUGGCUGUGGCCAGCUGCUUUGUGGAAAGGAGUCAAGAGUUUGAUAUCUAUACCCAGUAUUGCAACAACUACCCCAACUCAGUGGCUGCCCUGACGGAGUGUAUGCAGGACAAGCAGCAGGCCAAGUUCUUCCGAGACCGGCAGGCACUGCUACAGCACUCAUUGCCCUUAGGCUCCUACCUGUUGAAGCCAGUCCAGCGCAUCCUCAAGUAUCACCUGCUGCUCCAGGAAAUUGCCAAACAUUUUGAUGAAGAAGAGGAUGGCUUCGAGGUGGUGGAGGACGCUAUUGACACCAUGACCUGUGUGGCCUGGUACAUCAACGACAUGAAGAGAAGGCAUGAGCAUGCUGUCCGGCUCCAGGAGAUUCAGUCACUGCUUAUCAACUGGAAGGGGCCAGACCUGACCACCUAUGGGGAGCUCGUCCUGGAGGGCACAUUCCGUGUUCACCGCGUGCGCAAUGAGAGGACUUUCUUCCUCUUUGACAAAAUCCUGCUUAUCACCAAGAAGCGGGGCGAUCACUUUGUCUACAAGGGUCACAUACCGUGCUCCUCACUGAUGCUGAUCGAAAGUACCAGAGACUCCCUGUGUUUCACUGUCACCCACUACAAGCACAGCAAGCAGCAGUACAGCAUCCAGGCCAAGACAGUGGAGGAGAAACGGAACUGGACUCACCACAUCAAGAGGCUUAUCCUAGAGAACCAUCAUGCCACCAUUCCCCAGAAGGCCAAGGAAGCCAUCUUGGAAAUGGACUCCUAUUAUCCCAAUCGGUAUCGCUGCAGCCCAGAGCGGCUGAAGAAGGCGUGGUCCUCCCAGGAUGAGGUGUCCACACAUGUACGCCAGGGGCGCCGGCAAUCAGAGCCUGGCCACCCCCUGUCCAGCUGGGCAAUCUUCCCCAGCAAGCAGCGAGGAAUCACGAUGUCAGGCCUUAAGUGUCGUAGAAAGUCGGAGCCCACCAGACACCUGCUCAGGCAACUAAAUGAGAAAGGCAGAGCAGCAGGAAUAAAGCAUGCAGGCAGUGCUGGCGCCCUCCUGGACUUUGAGCAGCCACCCCAUAUGAGGGGUCUGCAGUCAGAAGCUGAGGGGGCUGCGCCAGAGGAGCAGGAGGAGGAGGAGGAGGUGGUGGAGGAGGAAGAGGAGGUGGUGGAGGAGGAAGAGGAGGAAGAGGAGCAGGCUUUUCCGGUCUCUCUGGAGGACCUAGCAGGACAUGAAGGCAAUGAGAAGGUGCCCGGGCCAGAGCCCCCGGGCUCUGAGGCAGAGGAGGAGGAGGAGGAGGAGGAAGAGAGUCUGGCAGUGGUGGAGCAGGGGAAGGGUCACAGGGAGUCUGAAGGUCCCAAGAGCUUCAGAAGGCCCAGCAAUCGGUCUCCAACCAGCACCGAGAAGCGCAUGAGCUUCGAGUCUGUCUCUUCCCUGCCAGAGGUUGAGCCAGACCCUGAACCUGAGACCGAGCGGGAGGUCUUUGCUGCCAUGGAAGGUCCCAGCACCGAGGAGAUGCCUUCAGACCCAGAGUCUCCCGAAGUUCUGGAAACACAGCUUGACACCCACGAGGGGCUGCUGGCGACGGACCAUCCGGAUGAGGUGGUGGACUUCGUGAUGGCUGAGAACACUGAGGAUCUUAAGGCUUUGAGCAGUGAGGAGGAAGAAGAGGAAAUGGGGGCAUCCCAGGAGCCCGAGAGCCUCCUGCCACCCUCUGUGUUAGACCAGGCCAGUGUCAUUGCCGAGAGGUUCGUCAGCAGCUUCUCUAGGCGGAACAGCCUGGCACUGGAGGAUGGCAAGUCUAGUGGCUUUGGGACACCACGGCUAGUCAGCCGGAGCAGCAGUGUGCUCAGUCUAGAAGGCAGUGAGAAGGGCCUGGCCCGGUGGGACAGCACCACAGAUUCCCUCAGCUCCCAUCCCACCCCAGAAGUGGACAUCAGUGUGGGGGUGGCCACAGAGAGUGGCCCUUCUGUCAAUGGAUCAGAGUCCCCAAAUGCAGGCCACCCUGUGGAGCCUGACAGAUCUUCCUGCAAGAAGAAGGAAUCAGCACUCUCCACCCGAGACAGGCUGUUGCUGGACAAAAUUAAAAGCUACUACGAAAAUGCAGAGCACCACGAUGCAGGCUUCAGUGUCCGGCGCCGGGAGAGUCUUUCCUAUAUCCCUAAAGGACUGGUGAGAAACUCUGUGUCCAGGUUCAACAGCCUUCCCAAGCCAGACCCGGAGCCAGCAGCUCUGCUAGCAAGCAAGAGACAGGGCGGCUCCCGGCCAGCCUCGUGGACUUUGUUUGACCUUCCAGGACCCAGCCAGGCAGGCACAGGGGACCCAGCUCCUGUCACUGAUGCUGAGUUCCGGCCAUCUUCAGAAAUUGUGAAGAUGUGGGAGAGGAUGGAGUCUUCUGAGGGGAGUCCUCGGAUAGGGCCAGGCCAAGUUGAGGCCAAUGGCUUUGAGCUGCAGGAGCCACUCUUCAUCCUGGAGGAACACGAGCUGGGGGCCAUCACAGAGGAGUCAGCUGCUCCUUCCCCAGAAUGUGCCUCCCCCACUGAGCAGCCCAGCCCGGCCCACCUGGCCCGAGAGCUGAAAGAGCUGGUGAAAGAGCUGAGCAGUGGUGCCCAAGGGGAACUGGUCACCCCACUGCACCCCCGCAUUGUGCAGCUCUCCCAUGUGAUGGACAGCCAUGUGAGUGAACGUGUCAAGAACAAGGUCUACCAGCUGGCCCGCCAGUACAGCCUUCGGAUCAAGAACAUCAAGCCGGUGAUGGCCAGGUCACCCGUGCAGUGGGAAAAGGCAGUUCCUGGGAGGGACGGGAAGAGCCCCACCAUCCCUUGCCUGCAGGAGGAGGCUGGAGAACUGUUGGGUGGCAAAGGCAAGAGAAAGCCUGUGCUCUCCCUCAGCUGUGAGCAGCUGGUGGCCCAGGAGCACAGCCCCCCCAAGCCCUCUGCUGCAGAGUUGUCGCCACGCCGUUUCUCAUACAGCCCGAGGACCACCUUGCCUGGGACUCAGCCCUCCACUCGGAGCCCUCUCAGCCCCUUCGACACUGAAACCUUCAACUGGCCUGAUGUCCGAGAGCUCCGCUCCAAGUACGCCUCCUAUGAUGAGGCUGUCCAGGCCAAGGCCAGCUGGCCUCGUGGCCCUCCAGUCAACCGGAGCCGCUCCUUGCCAGAGAAUAUCGUGGCGCCUUCUCUUUCAGGCAGGGUGGGCCGCUGCUCCAGCCUGAGCACCAAGCAGGACCAGGGAGGUGGAGAGGCCUUCCUGUCCCCACCUCCUGGGUCACUGCCCCAAAGUGGACUGAAUGGCGAUGCCUUGUAUGUCACUGCAGACCUUACCCUGGAGAACAACCAUCGGGUGAUUGUCAUGGAGAAGAGACCCUUUUCCAGCCCCACUGUGGGGCUGAGAGAGGAGGGCAGUGGGCAGGGACCAAGCUCACCAGCAGCCAUAGUUGGGCAGGGUCAAGAUUUCCAGGAGUCUGCAGAGAAUCAGAUGAAGGAAGAGGUUCCUAGGGACCCAAGAGACCCAAGCAAGCAGGGCAGAGUGAGAAACCUGAGAGAGAAAUUCCAGGCCUUGAACUCUAUGGGUUGAAGACUUCCUGCAAGAGGAAGGAGCCUUGUUGGGGUGGGGAGGAAGCUGGCACACUGCCCCCCCCCCAAGUCUGGGCUCACAUGAGCCAGCCCAGGGCCUCACAAAGACUGUCCCCACUGCUCUCCUGGAAGAGUAGGCUAGUGUGUGCGCAUGGACUCAUCUGCCCGUGCUAUGUACUGGCUCUCCCGUGGGGCUGGAGACAACUUUCCUCAGGCCCAGAUGAGCUGUUCUUCCUCUCCGAGGCCCUUGUAGUCACUUUCCUUGUAAAUAGUUCCUCUCUAGUAAGAAGUCAAAUAUUUAAGCUCACCUCUGCCCAGGGAGAGCAAGUGCUGCCCAGACCUCCAGCUGGUCACUGCCUGACUGAGGACCCAUGGGCAAAACCCUGGAAGUGGCCUGGACAGGCUUUGCUCUUUGUGCCUUUUCUUAGGACACAGGCAGGAAUGAGGCCAAUAAUUUAUUGCUUUCCAUCCUGUGGUAUGUGUGUGUGAUUGAGUGUGUGUCCUCAUGUUGUUUAUUCCCCCCUGUGAAGAAUGUAACAGACUUAGUUCAGGUACUUUCCAGGGUUGUGUUGCUGAUCCAUGGUUGUCGCUAAUGUACACACAUUUCAUUAUUUGCCAAUGGUGCAAUAACCACUGCUGACCAACCAACCUGUGUGUGGUCUCCUUACUGGGGCCCGUGGGAUGGGAGGGUAGUUUGUGGGCCAGUGCUGUCUUGGGGGAGGCAAGGUAACUUGUUCUCUGCUGCAUCUGCUUCCAUGCACUUUGCUGUCUGCCCACAGCCUGGUGACCUGUUUGGGGUAGGGGGUCUCCCACAUGCCAACCUUUUGCUCUCUUCACCAAUGGUGAAAAGUUGUGCUAAAAACAAAGGGGGGCCGGGCCGUGCACCAGUGGUUCAUGCCUGUAAUCCUAGCUGCUCAGGAUGCAGAGAGCAAGAGGAUUGUGGUUCACAGCCAGCACUGGGCAAACAGUUUAGGAGGCCCUACCUUGAAAAAUCUUAUCACAACAAAAGGGCUGGUGGAGUGGCUGAAGCCGUAAGAGCACCUGCAAGCAAACAUGAGUCCCUGAGU